AUGGAAGCCGCCGACGCCAGGCAAGGCUCUGCUCCUUAUGGUAAGGCUUGCACGAACUGCGUAAAGGCGAAGUGCCGGUGUGUGGUGCGCGAUGCGGGGACUUGUGAGAGGUGUCAGCGGCUUGGGAAGAACUGCACGCCUUCCACGACGGUGCGUACGAGAGGCUCGAGGCGCACGCCGGCGUCCAAGAACUCGGCUCUCGAAGAGAAACUCGAUGAUAUUGUCUCUUUACUCCGAAGCCGCGCCAAUUCAAAUCAUGGGCGGACUGCGGAGACGUUGCCAACACCCGUCUCGUCCGAACUCUCACCUAGCGACGACGCGCUGGAGGAUGCGCGACAUCUCCACUUGACGGAAGAAGAGCUUCUCGUCUUUCGUGAACAUCACCUGCCUUGUUUCCCCUUGAUGAAUGUUCCCGCAGACGUGACAGCAGCGGAGGUACAGCGGGAAAAGCCAAUCCUCAGUUUGGCGAUCAAAACAUUGACCACAAAAGUGGCUGUCAAGCAGGUUGCUCUUGGGAGAAACCUCAGGGAGCUACUCACUCAGAAGAUAAUGGUCGAUGGGGAACGAAGUCUGCGUCUACUUUUGAGCUUGCUCAUUUCCAUAGUAUGGUCUCUGUCUUUUGCUCAUGGCAAGCCGUUCUUGGGGACCAUGAUAGGCCUGGCCCGGCCGCUCAUCAGUGACUUGAAGCUAGAUCGUGGUCCUCACUCAGCUCGCUGUCCUGGCUCGAACCCCCCUCAUCUUGUUGAUAAUGAAGAAACUGUCACCCAGACAAACGCUGGUCGACGGGCUUAUAUUGCCUGCUUCGCACUGAGCGUAGUCAUCUCCACGACUAUGAAGUACGAUGCGAUGAGGUGGUCUUCGCAGCUGGAAUCUGCUUGUUGUAUUCUGUCAGCGCACAGCGAGGUGGAAGGAGAUCUCAUUCUUGUGGCUCUUGCUCGCUUGUCAAAAGUAGCCCUCGAGGCGGGAGACGUCUAUCGGCAAGUCUCGGACGAUCCGAACUCCACCGUUCAUCCUGCAUUCUCGAUCAUGCCGCUAAAGUGUUCCCUCCACCAAGCGAAGGAUUCGCUCACCUCCGAGCAGUUGCAGCACAGUAAAUCCCAUAGACCUCGGAUAAGAUUACUUCCUAACGUACAUCGCAGGCUCAGUGAUCACGUACAUAUAUGCUGCUGAAGCUGCAAUCUACGAACUGGCCUUGCUCCAGCCCACAACUCUACUUAUGCGCUAUUGCGACCACGACCUAAAGCGCAUUGAAUACCUCACGGGACUGCUACAAACGUGCAAGGCCUGCACCGAGCACUUCCUCGCUUUCGAUCUAGAUCGCAUCACUGCGCCCAUGAUGAUCAUGUUCGGAUACUGCGUCAAGCUCUCCUACUGUCUGCUUACUCUGCAGAACAGAGGGUGGGACACUGCACUGGCGCGGUUAACCAUGGACCCGAGUCUUGUCUUCGAACGCGCGGUCCAGCAUUGUGAAAACACGAAUGACCUCCUGAAACUCGAGACGGGCCAAGAUAGCAUCUUCAAGCAGGCGGCCGACACUAUGCGAGCUACCGCGCCCCGGUGGAGAGUUCCCACGGAACAAGACACUACAUCGCUUGAUCUGGAUUCGCUGGCCUCUGGUAUCGACUUUGGGGUUAUUGACUUACCUUCAUUGGAGUUCUCAGACGACUUUUGGCUCACCGUCCCAGGCACCUUCGGAUUGUGA